AUGAACAAGAGAAAUGAAUUUACGGAAGUGGAGAUUCCUGUGCCUUGGGGUCAUGUAGCUGGGAAAUGGUAUGGUCCAGCUGAUGUGAGACCAAUCCUCAUACUUCACGGAUGGUUGGACAACGCAGGGUCAUACGAUACUUUAAUUCCACUUCUGCCUAAAGAUAGGAUUAGCUACUUAGCCAUCGACUUACCAGGACAUGGAUUUUCAUCUCAUAUUCCUGAGGGAAUGACCUACAGUCACUAUGACUAUUUGUGGCUCAUUCAUCGAAUUCGAGAAAUUUAUGGAUGGCCAAAGGUCUCUUUAAUGGGCCAUUCUCUGGGAGCAGUGUUAAAUUUCCUUUAUACUGGGAUCUUCCCUCAAGAUGUUGAUAUGAUUAUCAACUUGGAUGGUAUGAUUCCCAUGACAACAGCAGAUUUUGUUACUAAAAAAUUGAUAGCUAAUAUCUCAAAUACGACAAAAUUCAUGAUCCAACAUCUCAAUCCCAAGUCCCAACCAUCUUAUUCAAAGGAAGAACUUAUAGAACGGAUGAUUGCAAGUUCAUAUGGUUCUCUCUCACCAGAGGACUUUGAAGAUAUGAAGAUGAAAAAUCCAAAUUUUCAGAAUCAUAAAGUAUCAGGAAAGCAUCAUGUCCAUUUAUCGCAUCCUGAACGAGUUUCUGGACUGAUUACUCAAUUUAUCCUAAAAUAUCGUUCAGCUAAAAGCAAAAUGUAA